AGUCUGGUUACCUGAUACGCUUUUAUUAUAUAUCACCACAUUUAACAGCAAGUACCAGACAACAAAAUGGCCGAAAAAGACAGCGAUCGACUGAAACCAUCGGUGGAAAAUGAAGGGGUCACGGAGGACACAAACUCUAAGAUAUCGACAGACCCUGACGUUAGAACAAGACUGGAAAUAAGUCACAAUGCACCGCACACUUCUCCGCUGUCACAAGGAGAGAAGCGUAAAUCAACAAGUCCAGACAAUGGAGGUGGACAGAAGAAAGCGAGACCAUUUUCAAUGUCUUUCGGAGUCAAGUCGAAAAGUGGAGGAGAGGCGACGUCAGUGAAAAAAGAUGUAGGAGGUGAUUCACCAGAAGGAAGGAAUGAUGGCAGAACAAAGACAGCAGUGAUACAACCGAUCAGAUCAAUUACAAUGAAAUUAAUGCAGAAAUCAAAAGAGCCUGAACUGAAGAUGCCUGCAAGUCGAGCAGUUGCUAAAGCCUUCACGGACGACAGUGAUGAUGAGGAAGAAAUGCCACCAGAAGCAAAGAUGAGAAUGAAAAAUGUUGGCAGGGAAACUCCAACAUCAGCAGGUCCAAACUCGUACAACAAGUCUAAAUAUGGAUUCAACGAUCACGCUCGAGUGUGGAAGAAAAGUGUAGAGUCACCAGCCGGUAAAAAAAAAGUCGACCAAGAGUGAUGACUUCGCUUAAUUUUUUGUAUGCACAUCUUCUUACAUAUUUUAAGAACUUAGAAAACCAGUUGAAUACAGGCUUGGAAGUAUCAGCAUUGUUGGAGAAACAAGAACAAUGCUCAUAAAUUACAGAUGCAUGUUACAAAUUUUAGAAAUUGGUUUUACAGACUGGUAGAAGGACAAACAUUUCUGGGAAAUCCUAAACUCUUUUUACUAGGAUGUCUAGAUGUUUUUGACCAGUAAUAAUAUGGCUCUUGGUCUAGUGGUAAGACAUCUUCUCUAGUAUGGCAAAGAUUGUGGGUUCGAAUCCCACCCAAGUGAUAUGUCUGCGGAUAUUUUUCACAGAUCUUGGGGGAAGUGAUGAGUAUACAGUGUUAAAUGCAUAUGGUGUAAGGUACAGUUUAAUCUGCAUAUCAUAAUGGGUUUAUUACUUUGUUUGGCAUAUUGGCUUUCUUGUGUCAUGCUAUCUGCUCAAUGUGAGGAUUGUUUCUGAGUUGAAAAAAAAACACAUUCAAAUUUCAAU